AUGCACCAGACACUGAUUGACAGAUAUGAAUCAGAAUUUGUUCGAAAUGCCCCAGGAGUGUGGAAAGAUGACCCUUGGUUUUCCCAAUCACCCCUCAUCAUCACCAUGAAGUAUGGCCAAGACUUGGAGUUUGACACUGAGCAUCUUGAGGAGACUGUGGCUCAUUUCCACCAGAAUCAUUCAUUUGAGCACAUCUCAUGCUGGAGUUUUGCGCUUGCCACCCACCUUCGUGCCUGUGUAGUUAGGGGAACAGAAAUUAUCGAUCCUGCAGACAUCAUGGCAGAACAUGGACAAGUCUUUUGUCAUAUCCAUACAAUCCCGACCUCCACUCCGGGCUCCCGGAACUCCGAACCUGACUUCCGGAGUCUUACUUCCCUUCCAUCACCUCCUCCUUGCCGACUCCCAAGAGGUUAUCCCACCUCCGGCUCUGACACCACCUUCGGUCCAACUCUGGGAACAUUCCAGGUCCGACCCCAACCUCGACACCUUCCAGACGAGUAUGCAAAACCUAUGCUCCCGACUCCGGACCUCCACUCCGGAAUCCCGUUCACAUCUCCAUCUCUGGAACCUCCGGUCUUAGCUCCAACCUCGGACUUUGACCCCACCUCCGCUUAUACCCAUUGUAUUGGUUAG